GAAACAAAGAGGGGACACUUACAAAGUAAUAUAUACAGUAUUCUAUUACUCCUGCCGGCUUUUGAUCUCUCUAUCCAAACUCUCUUCUAGUUCUUUGGUUUUCGUUCCAUUUCUGUUUGGUGACUGAGAAAAUUUUAGCAGGUGGCUUAAUUGAAUUUAAGAUCUGGAAGCUAGGGUUUCUAUAAUUGGGUGAAAAUGCAAACCAGAUAUAUGGAGAGGACUAAUAGUAUGGCUAGAGGGAAAAGAGCUUUAGAAGGUGGAGAAGAGCAGCAACCUGAGCGAAAGCGGCCUGCUUUGGCUAGUGUCAUUGUAGAAGCUCUUAAGGUGGACAGUCUGCAGAAGCUCUGCUCAUCUCUGGAACCUAUUCUUCGCAGAGUUGUAAGUGAGGAAGUGGAACGUGCUUUAGCAAAGUUGGGCCCUCCUAGAAUCAACGGAAGGACUUCCCCAAAACGCAUUGAAGGUCGAGAUGGGAGAAGUUUACAGUUGCACUUCAGAUCCAGGUUGUCUCUUCCUCUUUUCACAGGAGGAAAAGUAGAGGGAGAACAGGGUGCUGCAAUCCACAUUGUUCUGAUUGAUGCUAACAGUGGCCAUGUUGUGACUGCUGGCCCUGAAGCCUCUGUGAAACUAGAUGUUGUGGUGCUUGAAGGUGAUUUUAACAAUGAAGAUGAUGAAGACUGGACACAGGAAGAAUUUGAAAGUCAUGUUGUAAAAGAGCGUGAAGGAAAGAGACCACUGUUGACUGGGGACUUGCAAGUGACCCUGAAGGAAGGGGUUGGAACACUGGGGGAGCUUACUUUUACCGAUAACUCGAGCUGGAUAAGGAGCAGGAAGUUUAGGCUUGGCCUGAAGGUUGUCUCUGGAUUUUUUGAGGGUAUUCGCAUUCGUGAGGCUAAGACAGAGGCUUUUACUGUGAAAGAUCACAGAGGGGAACUCUACAAGAAACACUAUCCCCCUGCACUGAAUGAUGACGUAUGGAGAUUGGAGAAAAUUGGGAAGGAUGGUUCCUUUCAUAAGAAGCUAAAUAGUCAUAAAAUAUUUACAGUUGAAGAUUUCCUGCGUCUUCUGGUCAGGGAUCCUCAAAAGUUGCGGAAUAUUCUGGGGUCUGGUAUGUCAAACAAAAUGUGGGAGGCACUUGUAGAGCAUGCGAAGACUUGUGCCCUGAGUGGGAAGCUUUAUAUCUAUUAUCCGGAAGAUUCAAGAAAUGUUGGUGUUGUUUUUAACAACAUCUACGAGCUAAAUGGUCUUAUUUCAGGAGAACAAUAUACUUCUGCUGAUUCUCUUUCAGAUGAGCAAAAGGUCUAUGUGGAUACGCUGGUGAAGAAAGCAUAUGAAAAUUGGGAUCAGGUUGUAGAAUAUGAUGGCAAGUCUCUUUUGAACUUCAAGCAGAGUAAGAGGUCAAAUGCUGUCCGAAAUGAUUUUCAGAUAGGCCAAAUGGGUUAUCCUAAUUCUUUAGAGCAUCAAAUGCAAAUACCAAGGCUACCAGCAUCAGUUCUUAUUGAGCAGCCUUCUGUGCAUUCGGGCCUCCAAGUUGGAGGGAGUAGUGAUAAUAUGGGAACAGGAUUCUCAUCCCAGUCCCAGCUUAUGAAUCCAAAUUCACGUACCCAGUUUGACAUCUCAUUUACACCACACGAAUUGAUCACCAAUUCUCACCAGACUAGCAUGAGAAAUGAUAACAGUGUUGGCCUAGCCCUUGGUCCUCCUCAGUCAUCUAUGUCAGGGUUUCAAGCUGUUGGCUCUUCCAUGCAGCCAUCUAAUCUCAAUCCUUUUGAUGAUUGGGCCAACAACCGGGACAAAGGAGUUGAUGAAUACUUUGCAGAGGAAGAGAUUCGUCUCCGAAGUCAUGAAAUGCUUGAGAAUGAAGAUAUGCAACACUUACUACGACUCUUCAGCAUGGGAGCCCAUGCCUCUGUAAAUAUACCUGAAGAUGGGUAUGGAUUCCCACCUUAUAUGCAAUCACCAAUGCCAAAUUACGAUGAGGAUCGUACUCGUCCUGGUAAAGCUGUCGUGGGAUGGUUGAAGAUCAAGGCAGCAAUGAGAUGGGGAUUCUUUAUCAGAAAGAAAGCAGCGGAAAGGCGGGCACAACUUGUUGAGUUGGAUGAUGAAUAGUUAGGUUCUGAGGGUCAAGACUAUCUGCAGCAUCACAAGAUAUGUAGGGGAAAAUGCUGAUUAUCUUCUUCUUCUAAGCCAGUGACAUAUUGACAUUUUGGGACUGAAUUAAGUUGUUUUGGAAGUCUUGACUUCUUGACCGGUUGCUGGGUAUUAGUUGGCAGCAAAUUUCUUGUACAGUUCCCUGUACAGUAAGUUGUUUCUUUAAUUUUACUCCUUGAGUUAGCGAAGAUGCUAUUUUCUGAUAGCUUUUAUUAUUGGGUGUAUUAUAAUCUGUUAAAAAGAUUGAUAAGGGGUGAAUUUGUCUCCGUUGAUGGCCCCUUUGAUUCUUCUAGACUGAUUAGGGGAACCUGUUUCCUCUAGUAGGUAUGACGUUUUAAUUUGUACUAUCAAUCAGUGUUUGGUCUAACCUGGUUGUGGCACUUAGUUACCAUUACUUUUGUGGAUUGCUUCUUUCUUUCAACAUCCUUUGUGAGGAUAUGACGUUCUGUCUCUGACAUUGAAUUAUGCAAUUUUGAUUUUGUA